AGCUCUAUGAACAUGAAUGAAUAGUUGUCGCAUGUACUGUACAGCGUGCCGGUAUAACAAGAAUAGUCUUUUAUAAUCAAAUUAUUUAUUUGUAAGUUGAAAAAAUUAAUUUUAAAAAAAUGGUCGAAGCACAACGAAGACGUGUGGAAGAACAAAUGACUCUCCUUAUCGAGUCAAUGGACAAAUUUCAUUUAAGGAAAAUGCAGGGUGACAUGCAUCGCUGUGCAGCUAAAUGUUGUGAUAAUGAUAUGUAUACUGUCCAAAAAGUUCAAAAUUGUGUCCAAAGCUGUAGCGAACCUCUCAAUAAAGCUCAACAAUAUGUUCAAUCUGAAUUUGAACGAUCACAGAAUCGACUACAAAGAUGUAUAAUGGACUGUAACGAUAGAAUUAUGGAUAAAGUUGGACCUAAUCCAAGUCAAGAUAAGGUUAAUCAAUUAAAUGAUGACUUUGAGAAAUGUGCUACAAAAUGUGUUGACGACUAUUGCAAAUUUCUUCCUACUUUAGAAAAAACCAUGAAAGAAUUUCUUACGAGCGGAAAAUUCAAUCAAUAGAUUAUAAUAUAUUACAAUAUUUCAUUGUUAAAUUCGAUUAAUAAAAGAAUUUUAUUCUUAGUACAAUAUAA